AUGCCAAUAUUAAAAGUAGAACAACAAAAUAAUUUAUUAGAUUUAUACGCGGAAGAAAUAUGUUCAAGAAUUUCACAAAAUUUAAGUUUAGAAGGACUUGGACCUCUUAAAGAAUUUUUACAUGAAGAAAAUCUUUUGGAAAUACUUGCUUCUGAUGAGGGAAUUUUAGAACAAAAUGAUUCGGAUAAAGGAAGUAAUGGUAGUGAGGCGGGCAGUGUACAAAAUUCGGAGGAUAGCGAAGAUCAGGAGGAAGAAGAAAGAAAGAAAAUAUUAAAUGCAAAACGUUUAGUAAUCGCUACAAAAAUAUGGCAAGAAAUAACAAAUUCGGCUUUACGUUCAAGGCUUUAUAAAGGAGUUUUGGAAUUUAUUAGACAAAUUGAUGAUGAAUUACACAAAUCAAUUUGUGUGGAGGGUUAUACUACAGAAUUUAUUGCUGGAUUUUCUAAAUUACUUAAUCAUUCGACUGAACUUGUUGAAUUUAUUUGUGGAGAAAAAUUAAAUCUCGAUGAAAAUGAAAGAAAAAAUCGUUGGCAUCAAUUCGCUGAAAGUUUAAAAUCAAAUGUAGAUUUUGAUGUUUUGGUCGAUCCUUUAUUGAAGCGUAUUCAGUCUGAUACUGUUGAUACUAAAAGAGCAACAAAAAUUCUUUUACGUUCAAUCCCAGUUUUAAAUAUGAAUGGUUAUGAACAUAUUCUUUUUUCUGUAACAAAAUGUGACUUCCAAAAUGCCGUAAAUUUUGUACAACGAAUUUAUCCAAAUUUUUUCAGAGAAUAUGAAUAUAUAAAAUCAUCAGCUUCAAAUCGACACAAUUAUUUUUAUGUUGUUAGACAAAAUGAUGAUAUUUCUGCAGUUAUUGAAAUGGCUAUGAAAAAUGAUGUUCCUCCUCCUAAUGCAAAUAUUUUUAAUGCUCGACUUGGAAAUAUUCCUCAAAUACAUGUUAGGGCUUGUACUAUAGAUACUUGUCAAGAAUUUCCACUCAAUCUUCGUCCUUAUCAAAAGGAAUUAGUGAAUGAAGCCGUAGCUGGUAAAAAUGUAAUAAUUUGUGCACCGACAGGUUCUGGAAAAACAAUUGUUGGAGCUUAUAUAAUUCGAGAACAUUUAUUUAAAGCUUUACAAAAACAACAGAGAGCAAAGGCUUGUUUUGUUGUUCCAACAGCUUCUUUAGUUACUCAACAAAAACGUCUUUUUUCUAAAUAUAUUGGACACUUUGCAAAGGUUAGAGGUCUUUCUGGGUUGGGGAAAGCAAUGUCAUUAAAUAAUCCAAUUAAAAUGGUUAUUGAAUAUGCUGAUGUUAUUGUUAUUACACCGCAACUUUUAAUUAACGAAUUAGAACGUGUAAGUACAGAAAUUGACGAAUCUUCUUUUGUUCCUUUUACUUUGGAUGUUUUUACUCUGAUAAUUUUUGAUGAAACACACCAUUCAAAAGAUGACCAUCCAUAUAAUGUUUUAAUGAAAACUUAUCAUGAAAUGAAAUUAACUGGGUCAUAUAAAGAUAGAUUACCACAGAUAAUUGGAAUGACAGCUUCUCUAGGUAUUGGAGGCUCUGUUUCAAAAAAUUUAGACGAGGCUGUUCGUUACACUUUAGAAAUUUGUGCAAAUAUGGAUGCUCAAUGGAUUUCUUGUAUUCGAAAAUAUCAGGAUAGUUUACGUUCAUUUAUGCCUAUUGUGUCUGAAGAAGUUAAAUUUGUACAGCAAGCAAGUGAUUGUGGAUUUUUGUGGGCAUUGACUACACAAAUUGAAAAAAUUAAGAAUUUUAUGAAUGAAAUUCCUGAAGGUUUUUUUUUUGUUUUUAUAAAUAUUUAUAAAAAGAGAAAUCCUUUUCCUUAA